CUGGACCCUUGAGAAACCCUCCUACCUCGGCAUUCUAAUAUGAGUACUGCUGGCCAUGGUAUUUGAUCUAUGGGAUCGCGUCUAACUAUGAACCAAGUAAGCAUGCCAGUAUUCAACGAACGUCCAUCGGACCUUUCACAAGGUAGCGUAGACGAAGAGCAAGGGGAUGAGUCAACGUCUCUCAUCAAGAAAAGGUGGACAUCGCCCCGCGGCUUUCUACUCAUUCAAGUCGCCAUCUUCAGCAACGUCUUUCUCGCUGGCUUUGACAGCACUGUCACAGCCUCAACAUGGGCGAAAAUUGGAUCUGAAUACAACGCCGUGAACAUAGCAUCAUGGCUCACCACCUCCUAUCUCAUUACAUUCACGACAUUCCAACCGUUGUACGGUCGUUUCUCCGACAUUUUUGGCCGACGCGCAGGCUUCUUCGCUGCCGCGACGACGUUUGGACUCGGAAGUCUGGCGUGUUCGUUUGCGCCAAGUGUGCAGUUGUUUAUAGCCGCUCGACUCGUCCAGGGAGUCGGUGGCGCAGGCCUCAUGACUAUGGCUACUAUUGUCAACAGCGACAUGAUCCCGUUCCGGGAGCGUGGCAUGUAUCAGGCGGCUCAGAAUGUCACACACGGUGUUGGGUCCAUUUGUGGUGCGUCCCUGGGGGGCCUCGUUGCUGAUCAGGUCGGUUGGCGAUGGUGUUUUCUUCUCCAGGUUCCGAUCUCUGUGGCGGCAUGCGUGCUUGGCUUCUUUGUGCUUCCAAACCCGGAAGAAGGACCUGGUGCACCAGUCUCGGACUCUUGGCAGCAGUUGUGGGAGAAGGUUGACUUUAGUGGUGCGCUGCUCUUGAUCGCUGGACUUUCGCUGCAGCUCGUCGGCUUGGGACUGGGUGGGAAUGAUCUCCCGUGGCUCAGUCCAUGGGUCAUUGCCUCACUGCUCGGCAGUCUUGUCAUUAUGGCGCUAUUCAUUCGAGUUGAAGCCAGCACGAAAGCUAUGCCUAUCAUGCCACUACGUAUGUUUCGCGGUAUAUCGCCUGUUGCGACGCAGAUUUCGAAUUUGUUCGUUGGAAUGGCGGCGUAUGCGUUUCUGUUUCAGGUCCCUUUGUAUUUCCAAGCUGUGCUAGGCGAGUCUGCCUCGAAGGCUGGUGCUCGACUCAUUGUUCCGUCGGUUGCUAGUCCUCUAGGAGGCUUGAUCUCAGGCAUCGUGAUGUCACGUUGGGGCAAAUUGGCGCUACUUGUUCGAAUUGGCACAGGACUGAUGGCAAUUGGAAAUAGCUUGGUUGCAUCGUUCAGGUUUCGCGAAGCUGGUUGGAAGUAUAUUGUGUUCUUGUUUCCUGCGAACCUUGGUCAGGGGAUCGUAUAUCCAGGCAUCUUAUUUACAUAUAUGGCUGCAUUCGAUCACACAGACCACGCAGUGUCAUCUUCAACAGUCUACCUUGUCCGCUCCCUCGGCUGGGUCUAUGGCGUGGCCAUCACACAGCUGAUCACACAGAAUACGCUCACGAGCCGCUUGCCAGCGGCUCUGAGUGAAGUAGAUGAUAAAAGGACAAUAAUCGAUAACAUUCGACAUUCCGUCUCCUACCUCCAUUCUCUGCCAGUCGACGUUCAAGUAGCUGCACGCCAAGUAUAUCACCAAGGCAUUCAGUGUUCGCUCAUAGCAUCUGUGGUUUUUGCGACUGUCGCCAGCAUCGCUGCGUUGUUCUCACGGGGACAGGCUCUGAAUCGUGAAGGACUCUGACGUACUACUAUUACUUUGACGAGUACAUGGCAAAGUGUGAGAAUAGUAACCCCAGGAGAUCUUUUCUUCUCAAAUCAUUCUUGGCGUAGAGCCACAGCUGUGACGCUGUCGUUCUAGAUGAGCGGUAGGGUAAAAUGUAAACCGACUCAGAUGUAGCGCUAUGGACGUAGA